AUGGGGAUCACCGGCGACACGACGGAGGCGGAGGCGCUGGCGACGGUGGGUGACUACGAGCUACGGGAGCGCCUGGGCGGCCGUCCGCCGUCCACGGCCGUGUGGCGAGCGGUCUCGCGGUCCACCGGCGCGCCCGUGGCAGUGAAGCAGGUGCGGCUCGCCGGCCUCCCUGCUCGCCUCCGCGACAGCCUCGACUGCGAGGUUCGCUUCCUCGCCGCCGUAAGCCACCCCAACAUCAUCCGCCUCAUCGACGUCGUCCAGACCCAGAGCUGCCUUUACCUCGUCCUGGAGCUCUGCGAGGGAGGGGACUUGGCGGCCUUCAUCCGGCGCAAUGGGAGCGUUGACGAGCGCGUGGCCAGAAAUUUUAUGAAACAAAUUGGAGCUGGCUUACAAGUGCUGCGCCGGCACCAUGUUGUCCACCGGGACUUGAAACCUCAGAAUAUCCUGCUCUCUUCUCGCGGUAGCGAUGCGAUCCUCAAGAUAUCUGAUUUUGGCCUCGCAAGGGUUCUUGGACCUGGGGAGUAUGCAGACACAGCUUGUGGUUCUUGUUUGUACAUGGCUCCAGAAGUGAUGCUAUUUCAAAAGUAUGAUGACAAGGUAGACAUGUGGAGUAUCGGCGUGAUCCUAUUUGAGCUCUUGAAUGGCUACCCGCCAUUCCGUGGCAGAAGCAAUGUACAGCUGCUUCAGUGCAUCAACAGAAGCACAUCUCUCCCGUUCUCAGAACCACUGGCGUCCACCUUGCAUCCCGAUUGUGUUGAUAUAUGCACCAGGCUACUAUGCACUAAUCCAGCGGCGGAAGAUGAUCGCCGACCUCCUCAGGGCAAGCGCAAAAAGCUCUUCGCUCCGCGGCGGCGUCCAGCUGCACGGCGCCCUGACGAAGCUGGGGUUCGGAUCGGACACCAUGCUGGGCAACAACCUGAUCGACAUGUACGCCAAGUGCGGGGAGCUGGACAUGGCAGGCGAGGUGUUCGGCGGAAUGCGCGACAGGAACGUGGUCUCGUGGACGGCCCUCAUGGUGGGCUUCCUGCAGCACGGCGACGCCACGGGGUGCCUCGGGCUGCUCGGCGAGAUGCGGGCCGCCUCCGAGGCAGCGCCGAACGAGUACACGCUCUCCGCGACCCUCAAGGCCUGUUGCGUCGCCGGCGACACGGGCGCGGGCGUCGGGAUCCACGGGCAGGAUACGAGGAGCACGACGUCGUCGCCAGCUCGCUGGUGCUCGUCUACUCCAAGGGCGGGAGGAUCGGCGACGCGCGGCGAGUGUUCGACGGCGCCGGGCUCGGGAGGGGCCUCGCCACCUGGAACGCCAUGAUCUCCGGGUACGCGCACGCCGGCCACGGCAGGGACGCGCUGCUCGUGUUCCGGGAGAUGCGGCGGCGGCGGCGGCGGCGACAUGAGGAUCAGCAUCAGCAUCAGCCUGACGAGUUCACUUUUGCCAGCCUGCUCAAAGCCUGCAGCGGUCUUGGCGCGACACGCGAGGGCGCGCAGGCCGGUGACAUCCGCCGCGUCCUGAGGGACGUGGAGACGAGGAUGCAGGAGCAGCUCGGGUACUGCGCCGGCGACGCGCAGUUCGCGCUGCACGACGUCGACGAGGAGUCCCGCGCGGAGAGCCUGCGGGUGCACAGCGAGAGGCUCGCCGUCGGCCUGUGGCUGCUGCGCAACGGCGUGGACGACGGGCACGGGGAGCCAAUCAUGGUGUACAAGAACCUGCGGGUGUGCGGGGACUGCCACGAGUUCUUCGAGGGACUGUCGGCCGUCGUGAGGAGGGCGCUGGUAGUCAGAGACGCCAACAGGUUCCACAGGUUUGAGCAUGGCGCGUGCUCCUGCAAGGACUACUGGCGACGUUGCCUGCCCUGCCUGAAUCACCUCUGCCAGACUGCCAGUCCAGCAAUUGUCACCUCUGCCAGACUGCCAGUCCAGCAAUUGUAUCAGCUUCGGUAG